AUUUCCUCACAUUAUUGCUAAUUAUAAUGACAUCAGUUUGUAAAGUCUUUGUUUUAGCUUUUUUUUUUUUUACAUAAACCAUGAUGUGAUUGACUGAGAAUCUUCACAGGCAUCAGUAUAAAUACAUUAAAAUAUUUAAAAUAUGGCUAUAAAUUCUCUGUGGAGCUCAUUAACUAUGGCGUCACCUCUUCAUUUAUUUAUUUUUUUAUUUUUUUAUUUCGUAUUCCUGUAUAAUAAUGAGCAGUCUUUUUGUUGUUCUGGGCGUCUGCAGGGGAGAAAAUAGCCACAGUUUAAUCCCCUGGCUCUUGUAAACAGCCCACACUUGACUAAUAGGUAAGCUCAACCCACCUCUCCACACUCAGACUGACUUCAGAGGACGCUGCUGCAGCUCAGCGCGACUCUCUGGCGUUAGCUUUAACAACCACAGAAGGUUUUUUUUUUUUUUUUUUUUUUGUUUCAUGGAUAAAGAACUAAAAAUGAACUGACCGAGAAAUGAAGCACACGCCAGUGGAGUUUAGAGGCGCUACAAGGGGACAAGUCAGCGGGAAAAGUCGUGGCAGCGUCUGAGCUACAGGGCCAGGAGCAUGACUGAGCAGCAGGAGCAGAGUGAAGAAACAGGCCUGCUCCCAACGCAGGACCUGGACCCCUCCAAGGACGAUGACACACACGGACACUUCAGGAGUUCAUUUCGGUGUCUGCCUUAGCAACAGAUAUGAGUAUCAGGCUGUGACAUCUGCUGCUCCGUUCCAACUAUCCCUCCCGAGGUUUCAGCUGAUCGAAGACCUGUCAUAUGAAGAUGUGAAGAAAUGCUACAGGGGCUCGACUGUCAGCAAGUACAACUCGCAGUACCACAAACUGUUCCAGUGUGUGCCCAAGGAUGAGAUCCUCAUGAAAGUGUACUCCUGUGCUCUUCUCAGAGAUAUCCUUCUACAAGGCCGACUCUACAUUUCCAGGAACUGGUUGUGUUUCUAUGCCAAUCUUUUCGGCAAGGACAUCAAGGUGGCGAUCCCUGUCGUUUCUGUGAGGCUGGUGAAGAAGCACAAAACAGCAGGCCUCGUACCCAAUGGCUUGGCUAUCACCACAGACACCGGCCAGAAGUAUGUAUUUGUGUCUCUGCUGUCAAGAGACAGCGUAUAUGACGUCCUGCGCAGGAUCUGCACGCACCUACAGGUCAACGGGAAGAGCCUGAGCUUGAAGCAGUUCAUGGAGGAGCCGACCUUAUCGCUGGACGAGUUCCCGACUCCAGACGAGUUCCCGGUGGUCGACGAAUUCCCGUCAGUGUUAAAGUGGAGAAGGAAACCCUCGGUGGUGUCGGUGUCGUCAUCCCUCCCUGACCUCCUGGGGAACUCCACCAGCAGCCUGAGCGCCGCAGACACACCCUUCAAAUCAGAGCAGCCGCUCGAAGAGCGAGCUCUGCAGACAGACAGGGGUCUUUUAUCAGAGCCAGUGGCAGAGCUGGGCCAGAUGGAGUACCAGCUGCUCAAGUUCUUCACCCUGCUUAUCAUUCUCCUCAUCCUGUCGUCGUGCUACUUGGCCUUUCGUGUGUGCAGUCUGGAGCAGCAGCUGUCUUUCCUCAGUAACCCAAAUCUGCCUCUGAGAGAGAGGUAACCACUGUUCUCCCCUGCAACCCGUCCAUCUGGCUGCUGUGUUUUUUCUCUCCUCAUGCUUGGAGGUGAUGGAGCCCUCCUGAUCCAGGACCAGUUCAGACCAGAAGGGAUCUACCCCAGCUGCAUCGACCCGAAGGUGCAACAUCAACCCGACUCCAGGCACCUUAAGGACUUUUUUCCCGCAGCAGGAACGAGCUCCUGUUCAGUGAUCACUUCCAGACUAUGCAAACAGACUAUUUAUUCCUGAUUAGAAAAGUAGCUUUUACUUUAGACUAUGAUUGUCCCUCUCGCGCACACACCUUUAACCGUAUCUGAAGUAGUGAGCAGAGUAACCCUGCAAGUUUGUGGCACUGAUGACAAUUAUGAUAGAAGCGAUGGUGGAGCUUGGAGAUGUAAGACAUAAUGCAAAUACAUGAAGUACUUGAAAAGACUCACGGUAAAGACGUUUCAGCUCUAGGAAGCAUGAAUCAUUUUCAAUAUGUUCUGACUGAAGUUGACUGAACCAAAUUUUUUAUUUCUCUGGUGAGAUUUUGCCACAGCCGCCUGUAGGAUGGCUACCAUUAGCCACGACAAUGCACUUUUUUUAACACAAGCCCACACUAUCGCAAACAUAUAUAUAUAUGUUUAGAUCUGUUUUCUUUUGUCUUUCUGCUUGAUAAUAGGUACUCAGUUGUCUUUUAUUGGAGGUAUUUAUAGAAGAAUGAUGAUGUGAGCACAGACUCUUGGCUGAAUGAAGUUGCCUGUCAUUUAAUUGCGAUAUUAAAUGGCAGGUUGACACCGCCUGUGGGUGUCAACUAUAAUGUGAAUGAGACGGUUUUAUUGCGUCACCCAGGGUGUGUUUCUGUUUUAUACAUUUCGAAUGAAAGACUUAAAGGACACUGAAGCUUGUUCGAGUGUUCAAGUAUUUUAAGUAUUUUAAUUUGAAUAAUUUUGACUUUACAGACAUGGUUGAUUUGUAGCCCUGAAGUUCUAGUUUGUGAGAUCACCAUGAAUAAAACUGGCAACAGAUUAAAAAUGAAAUGAAACAAAUGUUUGAUGCUUUUAUUUUUGAUUUAAUUUGGGUGGCAAGACUUUACUUACAGGUGUUCCAUUCGACCACUAAAAGUCUCCGCUCUAACGGCUCCACAAUUUCUAGUACCUCUACAGCUAAAUUAUAAAACUGGAGCACCGUGUUGGCAGUGGUGCUUAGUGCUUAAUAAAUUACAUCUGGUGCUCUGGCCGUGCAGCACUGGCUUCGGUUUUCUUUCCAAAGGCUCAGCUUAAAUUGAAUAGCUUGUCACAGUUUUCAUGGGUUGAAAACGUGUGUUUUCUAAAAUGCUCGGGAGUAUUUUUUAUUUUUUUUGCUUCCUUCAUAGAAAACAUGUGAGCCUUAAAAUGAUGAUGAAGGGAGCUGGAACUACGAGCUUGUCCAGUGACGGCGAUGGUAAUCAGCUUUAUUUCCUAAUGUGCUGUAAAUGUGUGACAUGAAGUCUUUCUGGUCGUUUGACCCCGAGGUUGAACCGCGUCUCGGAGAGGCAGAAAGAACCGUUCUGACAGUUUAUUAAACAAAGAUUACGGGUCUAAUUUUCUGGAUCGGAACGCUUUCCUGAUGAGUCCAAGAGACCAUCUGCAGUCCAGAUUAUCUUGAGGGUAGGCUGAGUCGGUUCACGCGGUUUCCACUCUACAGCACAGGCGAAAUAGAGAAAGGAAGAGUUGGAAAUGUUCCCUAGCAUAAUUUCUUUUCUUUCUCUGUGUACUUAAAAACGAGUUUGCAUUGCCCUACACUGACAGUACACUUUAAUCUGCCUUUUCCAGCUUUUCAUCAACACAUCAUCUGGUGGAUUGUGCGUCAUGUUUUGUGCAUUUCUGACGUGUUUAGAGUCUUUUGAACCUUGAUCAAUGCUAAGAUUUGAAAUAAAAGUAUGUAAGUUUGGAUGCAUGAGUUUGCACUGGAAAGAAUGAAUGCAUCACUUUGUUUUUAGUAGGGCGUCCCACCCUGUAACACAAGGCAAAGAAUGAAUAAAAUAAAACCCUAGAGUCUACUAAUAAAUGCA